CUGGUCAUAAAGCUCGGUAAUAUCGUACGUAUAGAUUUCCGUUUUCUAAGGAUUCAUCUUGCCGGGCGCAGUUCUCAUUAGUCGCAUCAUUAAUUCAAAGACGUAUGUAAAAUUUCCAACUCGCAGUACGAUAGAUAUAAGCUUUAGAUAGGCGAAUUCCUAAUUAAAAGCUUUCAGUCAGUUAAAGCAGCUAUUGCUACAUACAUUGACCGAACAAAAAUAUAGGCAGACCAAGUAGGUAUAGUUAGGUCAUUAAACGAUUUGUGCGCGUUUUAAAAAUAAAACCAUUUCGAAACGAGGAAACUAUUAAAAGAAAGAAAGAAAGAAAGAAAAAAAAAAGGUUAAAAAGGUUUUUGUUCUGCCAUGAGAUAUACGUCAUAUCUGUUGCAUUGUCGAAUAGAAGAUAAUAGCGGGUUCUUAGAGAACCACUUGUUUGAAAGUCACCACGCGCUUGCGGCUUGCUUUUGUAGAACGAGAGCGGAAGAGAGUUGGACUUUUCUGUAUCGAAAUGAAAAACCAGAAACGUUACGUUGCGUUUUCAGGUAUAUAGUAAGUUUAGUUCAUUCGAGUUGCAAUCUCGGUGUAGAUUUUCGUUAUUAAGUCGCUCCGGUGGAUACAAAUGUUACGUAAUUACGCUAUUCUCGAAAUCUCAGGUACAUAUUAUAACCGACUGGCUUGAAAAUAAUGCAGUUCUACAAUAACGAAUCGAGCUACGCUGCUGUAAAAUUGGAAUAUUGUAAUUACACUGCAAGGAAACAUCAAAUUUAAUCGCGCAUCACCUUAAAUCUGCAGCCCACGCAAGUUGCACGAUACAAAUUCAAAACCUUGUAAACGGAUGGAGGAUUUCGGGCCACCAAGCACAUGAAUUAUCGUUGUCGAAAACUAGAUAAAGAAUACGCCAGCGAACGAAGAAAAAAAAUAGAGGACUGCGGACAGCCAAACAGCUAGAACGAAGCCGGUAAAAUGGCUUUAUUGUACAGAUUCGUCAAACUCCAAGACCGAGCACAUUCCCACGUAUUCACCUUCGUUGUCACCAGAUCGGUGACACGUGACUUGGAGCGAGACGUGACCUCUAAAGAGUUCACUUGUGGUCAUCAACGAUGGGCUAUCACGUUCUCUCGUACCGAUAAAGUUUUAGGAGUUUAUCUAGUCUGGAAAAGUAUAUCGGAAUUUAUUCGAGUCUACGUCGAUUUCUCAUUCACUUUACUCAAUCGAGAGCACUUCAGCGUUAACGAAUCAUUCACUGGUAAACAGGUUAAAUUUACGGCCGAAAGUCCAGCCCAAGGAAAUAGGAAUUAUAUUUCUGUGAACGAUUUGUACGCUAGAAAUUUCACCGAUCCUAAUGGCGAAUUUCAACUCGAGCUUUCAAUGGGCCACGUACGAACAGCGUUCGAUAGCGAAUUUCGAAUACCGACCUCGUUCUUAGGCCAUCACCUUAGUCAUCGUGGACAUCAUCAUCACGGCGCUGUACCCACUUCGACGUUAACUAAUAUUAAAACACCUUCUGGUACCGUUACCAAAGUAGAAACUUCGUAUUUUUCAUUCGCCGGAUUCGACUGGAAUAUUGCUCUAUAUCCGAAUGGUAUUAAAGAAGCUCAUGGCAGCAAUGAAAACAGACUAGCGAUAUAUUUGAACCGCUGCACCGGUUUCGAUCACCAAUGUCGAGUUCGAUAUAGCAUCAUCUUAGGAGAUACAGAGAACCGCUUAGACUCCGGUAUCGUAGACGAUGUUUCAGACUCGGAAGGUAAAAGCUACGGAUGGCAUCCCAGAGGGAAAUACGCCGACUUAGUACGAAAGGGUGCGAUUAAAAUCCACGUAGAACUGAUAUUAGCUAAUACACUAAGUGAAGUAGUAUCAAAUAUUACGUUCCAACCGAUACCACCGAAUACAACAAAUCAAAACGUUAAUCAUGGAGUUACAGCUACUUCGGUUAUAUCACAGUGUUACGAUCGCGAUAAACAAGGCUGGUCAAUUAAAUGCGAUUGUCACUCGGAGAGUAUUAGGAUUCAUAUGGUGUUUAAAGAUAUUCAAAACGUACCUCGGAAUCAUCUCAGGUACGUGAAUUGGACUGCGUAUGUUUUAAGAUUUCAUGGUAAAGCAGGUCCAGUAGAACCAGUACCUUUACCUGGGGCACCAUUCAGUCAUUAUUACGCCCAAGACUCUUCGGAUGAAGGAAUUAUUAUGGAAACAGAUGUAGCUGUAAAACAGCUUCGAGACACGAAUUGCCCAUUUUUGACGGAGAAAAACCAAAUUCGAGUGCAAAUCGAAUGGGAAGAAAGUUAUUUAUUGUUUCAAGCUACUUACCAUAAAUACGACGACGUGAUCCGAUUGCAUAAUCAACAAAUGAGGAAAGAAAUAGCUACGCUGCAAGCGGAAAAUUACAGCUUAGAAAGACAACUGUUCAGCUACCAAAAAAGUAUAGCUUUUGCUCAUUCUCGAGGAACGUAUUCAGACGAUCUUACAUUAGAGGACGGCCGGCCUGAAGAUGACGAGCAGUAUUUCGAAGGUGGUGAUUACUCUUUGGGAGACCGGAGUCUUUCUACCGAUACUGAGUACGCCUGAGGGCAAGCAAUUUCACGGAGUGGACAUAGCGGAGAAUUGAACAGACCUGGACCAAGUCGCUCAAAACGACCAGAAAAUAAUUGCUUUCAACGUGAUAUUCCUCAUAUACGUACAACGUGGAAAAUAAAUAACGGCGAUUCUUUUGUCAUGAGCAAAGACAUCGAAGAUGACGAAGAAGAAGAAGAACCUAAUUAUAAUUACGAUCGACGACCAUCGGCUUUUCGACGCACUUCCAUUUCCGUUAUGUUUUCCACCAUCUCGGACUAUGUCUGCUCCAUGAAAGCUUUCGCUGCUAAUACUAUAAAGCCCGCUCAAAGAAAACUCAGCCAGAUUUAUCAAGUGUGAAAUAAUUACUCGUCUGCAUUUCCAAGUGAUAAGACAAUCAGUGUUUUUUCAUAUACCUAUAGCCUAAUGUAUCUCUCUAAUAAUAAUACCUACGUACCUACCUAAUCAUUUUUCAUUUCUUAUUACUGCUUGUUCAGUUGUGAUAUAAAAAUACUCUCUCUUUCACUCAAGACCGAUUAUUUCCAAACAUAAUUCGGUAUUUUUGUUUUUUAAAAUACCCAUACUUACCCAAGCGAUAAGUAAAAUAUACGGAAGAAAUUAUUUCACACCGAUUAUAUGUACUUUGUAAGUGUUUUUUUUUCACGUCAAAAUUCAAUGUCUUUGUCUUAUCAAUUUUAGUACUAGAUUUUAAUGCUUUAGUCGAUAAAAAAAACUACCUAAAUAGUGCUCGUGAAUAAAUUCUUUUUUUGUCUCUCUUUACCUACGCGUUGAUAAAAAUAUUGAAAUUUUUACAUUUUCAUGUGCCAUCAAUAAUGAGCAAAUUUAAAAUUGUCUAACUAGUGUACAUUUGCCUAUUAAGUAAUUAGCGAAGUCUUUAGAAUUGAAAUGCUUUUAUGUAGUGGUUCUAAGAAAAAAAACAAAGAACAAAAUCUAUUUCUAUGUUGUAUCUGUUUUAUUUUUAAUAUUGUUUGUACAGUUCUUUUUCUUUCCUUUUUUAAAAUUUAUUACAUUUAUUUCAUUGUGAACUCAAUUUUACCAUUUUUACUUCAUACUACAUUAAUUUAUUUCUUGCGCAAGGCUCUAAAAAACAUCGAAUAUUUUAUCUAUUUUUUUUUUUUUUAAUGACAUACUUACCUGAAUUUUCCUAUACUUAUUUCUAUAAUUUGUGAAAUGAAACUUUUUACCAUAAAAUGGACCUUAUAUAAUUUGUAUAAAAAGCUUUCCUUUUUUCUCUCUAUUUCCUCUUUACGUACUAUAUCUACCUAUGAUGUAUUUUUUUUAUAAUUUUACAACUUGAUUUUUUCAAAUUUUAUUUUCCAUUGUAAAUAUUUCACUUUACGUAGCUUUCAUCUUCAUGUGUUUGAAUUGAAAGCAUAUUGCGCUCUUUUUUUUGCAUAUUUAUUCGACCAAAAUUUAUUUUUAAAAUGUCUUGGUAAAUUUUUCUCUCUUUUUUUGUUCUAAAAGAAUGACUGUUUUUUUUCUCGAUUCUUUGAAAGAGUACUAUGUUGGAUGAAUAGAUAAUAUUUAAUAGAAGAUUGUAAUUUUGGAAGAUUGAUCUGUUCACCGGUCUAUUAAAUACACUUCAUAUUUUGCUAA